GAAAACUAGAAAGACAAUAAGUGUUGAUGGUAGGAAAUAUCGAAUGUUUUUUUUAAAAAACUUUUUUAUUUGCACCAAAAUUGUUGUUUUAAACUUGUUUGGUAAAGAAGUUUUGAUGGUACUCGGUUUGAUUGGACUACAAAAAAAAAUAUCGGCUUCACAACAGAAUUAUUUAAAGUAUUGCACUAAAGAUUGGUAGUUACAAUUUGAUAGGAAUGAAACGUUCCUUAAUGGCGGUCAAAUUUUAGCUCCAGAACUGUCACAAAGCAGUUUUCAGAUCCAAUUACGAAACCAUAAGAAGAAAUUCUUUUAUUACCAAAGUUGACGGUGUCAAUGUUUUGCCUUGACACUAGAAUAGUUUUGUUAAUUUGAUUGAAAAGAAAGGAAAUCUAAAAUACUUUUGGGUUGUCUUUGAAUGACUCAGUACGGAAUUGAUGUCAAUGGAAUUCACGUAAAAUUUCCAUAUCCGUUAUAUGAUGCACAAAAGUUAUAUAUAGAGAAACUUGUGACUGCAUUGUCAAAGGGUAAGAAUGCUUUACUCGAGUCGCCUACAGGAACUGGUAAAACACUGUGUCUUCUUUGUGGAGCAUUAGCAUGGCAGAAUGCUGUUAUGCAAGGGAUUGUACCCCAUCCAAAUCAGAUUUCUAAAAAGAUUGUGAUUGAGCCUGGACUUGGUUGUAAAGGGAGCAGUUCUCAAGAUGUAUGUCCGUCUCAUUUAGUGUGGGACACUUUAGCAGGUAGGCAUUGUAUGACUAUAAAAGAGCUUUUAGUUGUGUUGUAUAUCUCACACUUUUUAGAUCAGAGUCACGACAAACAACCUCAAGAGACCAUUUUGAAAACAUGGACGUUCAAUAAACCAGUUUAUCGUAAACGUCCUCCCCACAUUCAAGUAGAAACUUUACAAGACAAAAACAUAAACGAACAAGUACCAAAAAUUUUUUUCAUGUCACGAACGCAUUCACAAUUGUCACAAGUGAUCUCUGAAUUGAAACAAACGGCUUAUAUUUCACAUACUGUUAAAGUGUCAGAUAGAUUGACGGAUUCACAAAAAUCAAUAUUAAGUGAUGCCAACGAUCUUAAAGCUACAAUGCUCGGUUCUCGAGAUCACUUAUGUAUUCAUUCCGAAUUAACAGCUUUGAAAGGUGCGGCACGCACCGCCGCUUGCCAACAGAAGCUUAAAGUUCAUGUAAGUUGCGUGACAAAUUCGAAAUGGUGUUUACAAAAAAUGUCACUGGUUUCAAAGUCUUGCCAUUAUGAAGGGGGUCUUUCGAAAAUAAAAUCCGAUUUUUUUACAUAUCCUCGUGAUAUUGAGGAAUUAAGAGUUUUAGGUGCUCAGAAAGGUUUUUGCCCUUAUUAUGCUGCACGGGAUCAUAUUGUUGAUUGUCACAUUGUUUUCCUUCCUUACGAAUAUGUGUUAAACGCUUCGAUGCGUAAGCAACUCAAAUUUCAAUUACGCGGCUCAGUCUUAAUUGUUGAUGAGGGUCAUCAUUUAGAACGUGUUGCUGAAGAAGCGGGUUCAUUUGAUUUACCCGUGUCGACAAUAAAAUUUUGCGUAUCCGUUCUUUCCGAAUUUAUCGGGUCGCAAUUCGCUGUUGAACAGGAUAUCUUUUCAACUCAAGAUGUCUUCGAUAAACUGCUUAAACCGUUCACGCAAUUGUGUGAGUAUAUUGAGUCUAUAGAAUUGGAACCCUCUACUCAUCACCCAGUCACUGCAAAAUCACGCGUUUUAGAGGCGAGUCAUCUGUUUGCAGCAUUUCAAAAAUGUGGAAUUUUUCCUAAAGACUUUGCUUUUUAUGCAACUAUUUUUUCAAAAUGUACUGAAUGGGUUUCGAUGAGUGAAGAAGCCGUUUCUGUUUUAAGUCAUAAUUUGACAACUAAGCAGGAACCUUAUGAGAACGUUUUCGUUACACUAAGCAAAGCUUUAGACCACCUUCUGAGUUGUUUUUCUGUAACCUUUUUUUUUUUUUUUUUAAAAAAAAAGUCAUGGCUUGACGUGAAAUGCUUUCAGUUGAUUGCGUCCGUGGAUCAAGAAAUGCUACCAUUGUAUCGCAUGUUUGUGUCAGAAUCAACUUAUCGUACAAACACACAACGAACAAAUAAUUCUACCUGUUUACAGGAUCGUGCCCCAAAAUUCGAGAGAACGUUAUGUUUUUGGUGUUUUACUGCGGGAGCAAUGGUGAAAGAUCUUCUCCAUUGCGAAGGAGUUCAUUCACUUAUUGUGACUUCCGGCACAUUAAGUCCUUUAAAAAGUUAUGCGGAAAGUCUUGGAAUAAAUUUUGUUGAACAAUGCGCCAUGCUAGAGAACCUUCAUGUCAUUCCGAAAGAGAAUAUUUGUGUGCAAAUAGUAACACGCCAUUCAAGCUACGAAAAACCUUUACGGUUUGUAUACCAAAAUAAAGAAGAUCAGCAACUUUUCUUCGCCCUUGGUGAUAUUCUCUGUGAUCUUUGUUCAACUGUUCCGGGGGGUAUUCUUGUUUUUUUUUCUUCUUACGCUCAAAUGACAGUAGGACUUCAAUGUCUCUCCAAUACAAAUUUGUGGGGCACUUUGGUAGCGCUCCGUGAAGUGAUUUCUGAACUCUCCUAUUCAACACCCGAAGCGUUUCAAACUAUUUUAAAACGCUUCCGUUCUACACCAUUGCAGACUUUAGGUUCCAAAUCGAGCAAAAAAAAAAUAUUGAUUUUCGCAGUGAUAAGAGGUCGAUUUUCAGAGGGUUUGAAUCUUAUCAAUGAUAUGUGUCGUUGUGUUGUGAUUGUUGGAGUUCCACAUCCUGCUAUAACCGAUCCGCGUUUAAAGCUAAAACGAGCUGUUCUAGAUCAGACGGCACCUGGUAAAGGACUUGAAUGGUAUUUACAACAAGCAAGCCGUGCCGUGAAUCAAGGUAUUGGAAGAGUGAUUCGGCAUCAAAACGAUUUUGGUCUUGUUCUUUUGGUGGAUGAACGUUUCGCUUCGUAUGAUCAGUACAGUCAACUAAGUCGGUGGAUACUCGAAAGUUCCCCAUCAUUUUCACCUGUUUUAAAUUAUAACGAAAUCCUUGGUAACAUUAAUAAUUUUUUCAAAAAAUUCUCAACGCCAAUGAAAACCCCUUUUAUAAAAAAAGAAUUUCCUUGUGUUACAAAAACGAACGGACUUUUGCAUGAAAACAAAAAUCAAGUCAUCGAACGACCAACGUUUCGGCGCCCAAAGAUGAUGAUUCGAUCUCCAACGAAGAAGGCUUCAGUGUUAUUCGAUCAACAAAUUAAAAAAGCAACUAUGCCAAAAAAAAGUUCACUGGGCGGAGCUUCUUUAUCUUCCGUACUUCGCUCGACUUAUGCUCUUCGCCAAAUGAUGCACACGAGUUUUGCAAUCAAGACUGAAACAGAAGGAGAAAUAUCCCAUUGUGGUGUUUGUGCGGAGAUGACGCAUAAACAAAACCCUUUAAUAAAAAGUUUACGAUGUGGGCAUCGAGCCUGCCAGAGUUGUUGGAAGACUGUUCUCGUCACAAAUUUAGCUUGUCCUCUGUGCGGAGAAAAAACACGAAAAGAGCAUAUUUACAGUGGAUGGUCGUUUGAGUAAUCCCGUCAUUUUAAAUGUUUGACUGUGUCUCUUAGUUU